UUUUUGGUUCCAGAUGGCAGACCCUGUUGUCAAUGAUUAACUCUGGAUGACCCAGUUAAUUGGCCGAGUCAUUCGUAGGAGGACAGGAGGAGGGUGUGGGAGACGGUCACAUCUAGUCAUCCGCUGUCCAUGGAGACAGAAGAUGGACGCGAAGUCGCUGACCGCCCUGUCCUCCCUAUACAGGACAGACCCGCUGUACUCGCGCUGCGCGGCCGAUCUCAUGAGCGCAUCGCACAAGGUGAUUGGGGUCUUUCUGAAAGAACAGGCUGACCUGACUCAGACUUUAAAGAAACUGGAACACCAGAAGGUGACACGCAUACGGCAACUCAACGAAGAGAAAAAACAGUUUGCUCAGCUUAUGAGGAAGAGACUUGCCCCAGGAAAAAUCUACGCCCAGGCACCGUGCUCGAGAUCUGCCUUUUGUGCUGAGCGAACGGGGAGGAGUGUUUUCUCUGCUGCCCCAGACUUCUCCAGCAGUGGAUACAAGAAAAGCCGUGGGAGCAGCUCAAAAAGUGUCCAAUCAGAUUUCCUUUCGCAUUGUGGUUUUGGAAAUAAAUCAUCAGAUUCUUUGGUCAAGAAAAUGACAGUGUUGCCAGCUCACUCAGAUACUUCCAGAGUAAAGUGUGUCUGUGAGUGUGGAUGCCCCUGUAAGUUGAUCCAAGAAAGUGCAAGCAGUCUACCUGCUCCAAAGCAGCUCUAGAAGACAUUUUACAGAUCUGUAAUGUUAAAGACUAUAAAAAUAUGAUUAUGUAAAUUUAUAAUUCCUACAUUAGCAGGAACAGUUUACAGGAAUUCAAUUUUGGUGCACAUUAAAGUACAACUUACAAAGAAGAGGUUUGGUUUAAAGUAAUGUGAUCAUUUGAUGAGAAUGAACCCAAUAAAGCUUUGAGCUAUUGAA